ACGGUACGGUACGGUGUGGUAAUUCCCGAUAAAAUAAACAAAAAAUAAAAUUAAAACGAAAAAAAAAAACUUUUAUUUUUCCUUGGAUUUUUUGUACUAUUUUUAAUAUUUCAUUUUUUUUUUUGUUUUUUUAAUUAAUUCGAUUUUGUUGGAAAAAAAAAAUAAUUUAUUUUUUAUUCUGGUUUUUUUUUUCAUCCUGUUAAAAUACACAAGUAUAUGUAUAUAGACAUAAAUAUAUAUAUAUAUAUUCGUAUGUAUGUAGAAAUUAUUAUUUAAUAAUUUUUGUACGUAUAUACAUAAUAUGUAUAUAGGUAUGUGCUUACUAUAAAUGACUACAGACACGAAUGUUAUAUUUGAAUGGAAAAUUGUCUUUGAAGAAUUGAUAAAGUGUUAAAUUAAAUAACAAAAUUAAAGUGAAAUAUAAUUAUUAAAACUCUAGUAGCUUUUUGAAUUUAGAAUUUUUUUGAAAAUUUAAAAUUUUUGAACAUUUAAAGCAAAAAAUAAUAAAAAAAACUAAUGCAUAUAAUUUGAAGAAAAUUAAAAAAUCUUAAUAUUUUCACCUUAAAAAAAUAUGGUGAAUAAACAAUACAAAAUUCAACAUAAUUUAGAUAAUAAUUAUAUAAAUUCGAAAACAUCCAGGCGUACCAAUAUCAAUAAUUAUAGAAUACCAUUAUCGUUUAAUGAAAAUAUACCAAUUCAAAAUUUUCCUACCGUAUCGAAUACAACAACUGGAUCAAAAUUAUCAAUAUUAUCUUCUUCAGAUAAUACACCAUCAUUUACAUCAUAUGAAUCAAUAGAUACUAAUAAAAGUGUUGGUGAAGAUUUUGUAAUAUCUGAACCGAAAUUAAAACAGCAAAAUCAAUUUUUUAAUAAUUUUCAUAAAAAAAAUUUGAAUUGUUCAGAAGAGAUUUACCGAAAUAAUAUAAAAAUGUCAUAUAAUGAUGGUACUGGAAAUGAUGGAACAACAAGAAAAAAUCCAAAAUAUUCUAGAAAUUAUUAUAAUCAACAAUCUAAUCAAUAUGAUAAUAAAGAUUUAACAAUUAAUGAUAUUGGAAGAUUUCAAUAUAUUUUACAAAUGGAUAAAGAAUUGGGCACAUAUCCUGAAUCUUACUAUCAUUUAUCGUCACAAAGUCAUCAAAAUAAUGGUUUACCAACAAAUGGAUCUGACAUGAAAUCAAUAUCUUUGAAUAGUUCAAAUAUACAAAAUCCUAUAAAUUUUUGGAAAGCUGGAUCAACGGAUUAUCCAAUGAAAUCGACAACGACAACAACAACAACAACAUCAGCAUCAUCAUCAAUAUCAUCGAAACCAUUACAUUUUCGAAAUCGUGCAAGUAAAAUGUAUCAUUGGCAUAAACAUAAUUUACUGGAAAAUUCAAGAACAUUUUGGGGUUAUGCAAAAUGGCCAAUAUUAUUAUUAUUAUUAUGUUUAGUAUUAUGUUGUGUAAUAUUUUUAUUAUUUAUAAUGAACACAAAUAUUUCAAAAAAUUUUAAUUCAAAAACAGAAUCAUCAAAUGAUAAUAUAAUGUCUGCAAACUUUUCUGAUGAAACAAUUUCAUUGACAGAUUUUAAUGGUAAUUUACAAGUUAUUGAAACUGAUUAUAAUAUUAAUAAUAAUGAGAAAUCAAUAUAUAUCAAUAAUAACAAUAAUAUUAAUAAUAAAGGUAACAAUAAUGAUAACAAUAAAAAUCUUAAAGAAAUUUUAACAAUAUAUAUGAAAUCCCCUGAUAAUUCAACAACAAUUACAAAAUCGAAUGAAUCGAUUAAUAUAAAAUCGUCAUCGCAAAACUUUAGUAAAACUGGUAUUUCAUUACAAGAAAUUGAUUUUGAAUUGGAUAAUAUUAAAAAUGAUAAUAAGAAAAAUAAUAAUAAUAAUAAAAUAUUUGAUGAAAAAAUUAAAAUUAUGAAAAAUACUGGAAGCACUACAAAAAAUCCAUUAUUACAUCGUAAUACACAAAUUAUGAAAUUUUCAACUGUAAAAGGUUUUAAACCAGAAGAUGAUAUUCUAAUACAGAGUAGCACUGAAAAUAAUAAAAAAUAUUUGGAUUCAAAUGAAAAAUCAAUCUUGUCAUCUAUUUUACCACCAACAAAAGAAACAAUACAUGUUAUCGGAUUUACAUCUGGGCAUCAAAAUAAUUUUGGAGUACCAAUUGAAGAAGAUGAAAGAAUUUUAAAAUUAUUAAAUGAUGAGAUUAUUAAAUAUGAAAGUCAAGAAAAUAAUUCUACAACCCCGAUUCCUGAUAUACAGAGCAGCUCAUCAACUACAACAGUUAAAGUAUCACCAACAUUACCGUUAAUAAUACAUCAUAAAGAUACAAGUCCAUCAAGAUUUCGCACCACCACUGAAUCAUUGAUAUCAAACUCCAGUGAUGUUUGUGAAUCAACUUCAUUGCCCAUUUGUCAAGGUAUAUUAAGAUAUGAUUUAACAACAACAAAAUCGAAACGGAUAUUAGAGUCAAUGGAUUUAGAACAUUUUAAAUAUUUAAUUGCAUCGAAAUGUUCAAAUCGUGCUGCAGAAUUUAUAUGUUCAGUGUUAGAACCAGAAUGCCGAUCUGCAAAAUUAGGAUCAUUACAACCAUGUAAAAGAAUAUGUAAAGCUAUAUUGGAACCAUGUGCAGGUUUAAUCUCAAGUUCAGAAAUGUUAACAAUGACAUUCGAUUGCGAUCGUUAUCCGGAUUCAAGUGAUCGUAAUGUAUGUGAAGAUCCAACAAGACGUAGCAUUAAAUGUUAUGAUAAUGAAUAUCAAUGUUUGGACUAUACUUGUAUACCAAAACAAUGGAAAUGCGAUAAUAUCAAAGAUUGUUCUCUGGGUGAAGAUGAAGAAAAUUGUCAAUUUUGUCAUCAUGACGAAUUUCAAUGUCAAUCAGAUAGUAAAUGUAUUACAGAAAAAUGGCGUUGUGAUGGUUAUAAUGAUUGCGAUGAUGCAUCUGAUGAAAAUAAUUGCGAUGAAUAUGAUGAAUUUAAUGAUGAAGACAGUGUUGAUGAUGAUGAAAUAAACGAUGAUUAUAAUUCAAAAAUUUAUAAUUUAUUUACUGAUCAAUUUCAACAAACAACAUUAUCCAAUUACUCAAAUGGUCGUGCUAACGGUUUACCGUUUCUGGCAAUAUCAAUUGAUGAUGAAGAUUCUAAUAAUGAAAAUUUAAAAUAUGGUAAUAAUGAAGGUCUAUUUGGAAAAAGUAUAAUAAAUAAUAUUGAAAGUCAAGUUAAUUUAACAACUGACAAAAUGUUACCAAGCGAAAAUGAAGAAAAUGAAGAAAUUCAAACUGGUGAAGCAAGUGGUAGAAUUGUUGUAGGAGUCUCACAAAAUCAAGGUUUAGGUAAUUUUAAAGAUAGUACGGAAAUUAUGAUGACUAGCGAUUCUCAAAAUGAUUUUAAAUACUCUAAAGUUAUGCGGGGUAAUAGUAGAACAAGAAACAGCACCGUAACAACUACAACUACGACGUCAAGCAAAAGAGUAUCGGGAUCAUCAUCUGCUGGUUCAACAACAAGAACUUCUUUACGCUUAACUACAUUAUCAAGAAGAGGAACACCAUCAACCACAACUUCAACAACAACAACAACUACACCGGAACCGAUAUCUACUAAACUUUUAAGAACUUCAGCACAAAGUCGUAGAACAACCUCACCCACAACAACUUCUAAAGACCCAAAAGACCAUUCAACCUUGUGUCCUGGUGCUCAAUUAAGAUGUGUUAGUGGGAAAUGUAUAAAUGUAGAUCAAUUAUGUGAUAAGGUAAUCGACUGUCCUGAUGGUGCUGAUGAAGCUCGAUGCGUUUACAAAGAUGACGAAGAAAAUUAGAAGAAAUUGAAAAUAAAAAGGCUCAUUUCUAGCUCAAUAAAGUGUUAUUUUAAUCAUUUUUUUUAUUUACUCAUUCUCUAUCGUAUUUUAUUUUGUUGAAUUACGUUCUUAAAUUUGUCAUUUUCAUCUUUAUAUGCAAAAAAAAAAACAUUUACAUGUAAAAUAAAAUAUUUAUUGUUCAACAUAACUGUAAUUAAUAUAAUUAAUAAUUAUAAAAUAAUUUAAUAAUUUUGAAAAUGAAAAAAAAAAUUAAUGUUGAAUACUAAAAGAUCACUUGAAAAUCAGUUCAUUGCAUUCAAAAAAAAAAAUUCAUAAGCUAUUCAAGUUCAUCUAAAACAAACAAACAUUUUCUAAAAACCUUUUUCAACAUUUUUUAUAAAUAUUGUUUAAAAUUUUUAUCUUUAUUUUGUUGAAAAACAAAAAUGUAUAAUUUUAAUUGUUA